CAUCAUCAUCAUCAUCAUCUUCACAUCCACAGCGAAGUCAGGAUGAAGACCACGGUGGGACUGCUGCUUCUGCUGCUCACUGUUUAUCACUGCGCUGCCAUCCCUCAAGGACCGACAUCUCCAGGAGAAUGCUGUUUCAAAUUCUUUACAGAAAGGAUACCUGCAAAGAAUGUUGUCUCUGUCACCAAGACUCACAGAAGCUGUCUUGAAAAAGCAUUUGUGAUUCAUACAGAUGCAGGGAGGAAAAUCUGUGUGAGCCAGAGUGCCACCUGGGCUCAAAAGGCUUAUGACCAGCAGCAGAUCAAAAGGCCAGACAGCGUCUCUACCUCC